AUGGAUCUUGAAAAAGCGGGGGUCCAAAGGAAAUUGCAACUACAAGAAUUGGAAGAGAUUAGAAAUGAGGCAUACGAGAAUGCCACGAUCUACAAGGAAAAGAGUAAAAUCUUCCAUGAUCAGCAAGUCUCAAGGAAAUCUUUUGUAGUGGGGCAAAAAGUCCUCUUGUAUUACUCGAGACUUAAACUUUUUCCCGUGGAGAUCCAAAGUUUAAAGACAGAGAAGAAGUUCGUAGUGAAUGGCCAUCAUCUCAAACUUUAUUAUGAAGAAUUCUCUGUUGAAGAAGUAGAAGUUGUACACCUCCAGUAUCCAAUUUAUCUCGCUUGA